CAAGCAGUGUUGACUGCAUGCCAUUGGAAAGGAGGACCUUGGAUGCAUGUCAGCAACCAUGGCUGAGGAGAACCCCAUGCCCAUGCCAGAACCCCAGUCCGAGGAGAACCGUGGGUGCGUGUCGGCAUUCCAGCCCGAGGAGAACCCCGUGCCCAUGCCGGAACCCCAGUCCGAGGAGAACCGUGGGUGCGUGUCGGCAUUCCAGCCCGAGGAGAACCCCGUGCCCAUGCCGGAACCCCAGUCCGAGGAGAACCUUGGGUGCGUGUCGGGAUUCCAGUCCGAGGAGAACCCCGUACCCAUGCCGGAACCCCAGUCCGAGGAGAACCUUGGGUGCGUGUCGGCAUUCAAGUCCGAGGAGAACCCCGUGCCCAUGCCGGAACCCCAGUCCGAGGAGAACCUUGGGUGCGUGUCGGCAUUCCAGUCCGAGGAGAACCCCGUGCCCAUGCCGGAACCCCAGUCCGAGGAGAACCUUGGGUGCGUGUCGACAUUCAAGUCCGAGGAGAACCCUGGGCAUAUGUUGGCACCCCAGUCUGAGGAGAACCCCAGCUGCAUGUCGGGUCUCAAGUGCCUGCGGGCAUGGCCCCGGUAUGUUGUGAUGCGCACAACCCAUCUUCUGAUACUUUAUGUUAUAGUUGUAACAUUUGUUAUUUUAUUGUGUUGGUAUUAUGUUGUACUUUUUUUGAAGGGUUGGUUGGGGAAGAUUUGAAAUCUGCAUAGCUAAAAAAUGUUGAUGACAGACAAUGUUUUGA